UCUUCUUCUUCUUCAAGCUGUAGUCCCUCCAUCGUCGCCUCGCCAUGCACGUAACGGUCGUACACAAGCCCUAGUAGACCUUACCGUUUGCGUUUCUUGAAGAGUAAUGGCGACGACCCAUCGGCGUUGUCGCGACCUCGCGGCCCCGAGACUCUUGCUCUGUUCUUGGUCCUUGCUCUGCUGCUGCUUCUUCUUCUUACUGCCUCUGGCUGUCUCCGCCGACGGCGACUACGAGAUCCUGCUCCGGGUCAAGACCUCCCUCCUCGACGACCCGGACGGCCAGCUCGCCGACUGGGCCCCCAACGCCGACCGCAGCGCCUGCAACUGGACCGGCGUCGACUGCCACACCCAGGGCCGGAACCGCUCCGUCGUCUCCGUCGACCUCUCGGACCUGAACCUCUCCGGUGGGUUCCCGUACGACUUCUGCCGGAUCCGGACCCUCCGGAACCUCUCCCUCGCCAACAACAACUUCUACGGCGCCCUCGCGGCGCCGCCCUUCUCGCUCUGCUCGCACCUCCAGUCGCUCAACCUCUCCAGCAACAUCUUCGUCGGCGAGCUGCCGGACCUCUCGCCGGGGUUCGCCGACCUCCGGGUUCUCGACCUCUCGUUCAACAACUUCUCCGGCGACAUUCCGGCGAGCUUCGGCCGGUUGCCGGCGCUGAGUGUCCUCUCGCUGACCGAGGACUUGCUCAACGGCACGAUACCUUCUUUCCUGGGCAAUCUCAGCGAGUUGACUCGGCUUGAAAUCGGUUACAACCGGUUCCAGCCGGGCCCUCUGCCUCCGGAGAUUGGAAACCUGGCCAGGCUCGAGACUCUUUGGCUUGCGGCAUCGAAUCUCGUCGGGGAAAUCCCGGGCUCGAUCGAGAAGCUCACUUCUCUGAAGGACUUCGAUGUGUCCAGCAAUGCGCUGUCGGGGAAAAUCCCCGAUGCCAUUGCCGGGAUGCGAAGCGUCGUGCAGAUUGAACUGUACGCCAACAACUUAUCCGGGGAAUUGCCGGAGGCGAUCGGCAAUUUGAGCUCUCUCCUCCGAUUGGACGUCUCCCAGAACAAUCUCACCGGCGUCCUGCCGGAGAAGAUCGCUGCCCUGCCGUUCUCGUCCCUGAACCUAAAUGACAACUACUUCAUCGGCGAGAUUCCCCAAGUUCUGGCGUCGAACCCUAAUUUGCAGCAACUGAAGAUCUUCAACAACUCUUUCACCGGGAACUUACCAGCCGGUUUGGGCAAGAACUCCGACUUGGUGGAGUUCGACGUCUCGAGCAACGAUUUCACUGGAGAGCUGCCUGAGAAUCUCUGUUCCAGAGGCAAGCUCCAGACCAUCAUCGUCUUCGACAAUCGCUUCACAGGAAGCUUGCCGAGUUCGCUAGCCAGCUGCGAUUCUCUCUACAACAUCCGAAUCAGCAACAACGGACUCUCCGGCGAAGUACCGGCCGGAUUCUGGGGCCUCCAGGCAGUAUGGCACCUUGACAUGAGCUAUAAUAAGUUUGAAGGAGUGAUUUCGCCAUCGAUUUCGGGGCCCAAGGGUCUGGCAUCACUUCUAAUCGCCGGCAACAACUUCUCUGGCAAGAUUCCAGCGGAGAUUUGCCAGCUCUCGAACCUCACCGUCGUCGACACGAGCAAAAACAGGUUUGGCGGCGAACUCCCGACGUGCAUCACCAAUUUGGGCAAUUUGCAGAAGCUGGAGAUGCAAGGCAAUUUGUUCACCGGCCCGAUACCGAGUUCAGUAAGGGCAUGGACCGAUUUGACUGAGUUGAACCUGUCGAACAACCGGUUAUCUGGGAGCAUACCGGCUCAAUUAGGGGACUUGCCGGUGCUGACGUACUUGGACCUCUCUAGGAACUUGCUCUCCGGCGAGAUUCCAGUGGAGUUGACCAAACUGAGGCUUAACAGGUUCAAUAUAUCGCACAAUAAGCUCUAUGGCAAGGUACCUCCGGGCUUCGAUCACGACUUCUUUGUUUCGGGUUUAGCGGGCAACCCGAACCUGUGCAGCUCGGAUUUGAAGCCCUUCCGGAAGUGCACGAGAGGCCGGCCGGCCACUUUCUACGUGCUCAUAGCUCUAGCCGUCUGCAUCGUGCUCCUAUUCUCGUCCCUCGUCUGGGUGGUCAGGACUAAGUUGCAUUGGUUCGGAGGCAAAUCGAGACGGUUGUGGAAAAUAACCACGUUCCAGCGGGUCAGGUUUAGCAAUGAGAUCAUCGAUCAAUUAGGAGACGAGAACUUGAUUGGGUCCGGAGGAUCGGGCCAGGUCUACCGGAUUAGGCUCAAGACGGGCCAGAUGGUGGCGGUCAAGAGGCUCCGGGGUGGGACCCAGAACCCGGACACCGAGUCCGUGUUCAAUUCGGAGGUGGAGACGCUGGGUCACAUCCGCCACGGCAACAUAGUAAAGUUGCUGUUCACGUGCGCGGCGGAGGAGAGCCGGCUUUUGGUCUACGAGUACAUGGUCAAUGGGAGCCUGGGCGACGUGUUGCACGGGCUCAAGAGCGGAGGAUACCUCGAUUGGCGCCAGCGGUUCGCGAUAGGACUGGGCUCGGCUCAGGGCCUAGCUUACCUGCACCACGACUGCGUGCCCGCCAUCGUGCACCGGGACGUGAAGAGCAACAACAUCCUAUUGGAUGAGGACUUCGCACCGCGGGUCGCCGAUUUCGGGUUGGCGAAGACGUUGCAGCAGGACGCGGCGGCGAUCGGGGAGGGCCUCAUGUCGAGGGUGGCCGGGUCCUGUGGCUACAUUGCGCCAGAGUACGCGUACACUUUGAAAGUGAACGAGAAGAGCGACGUCUACAGCUUCGGCGUGCUGCUCCUGGAGCUGAUCACCGGGAAAAGGCCGAACGACCCUUCGUUCGGCGAGAACAAGGACAUCGUGAAGUGGGUGACUGAGGUCGCGCUGUCGACCCCCGAGGCGGAAGGGGACGGAAAUCCCGACGGUGGGGCCGGGUGCUGCGACGGCGAUCUCGCGCAGCUCGUGGAUCCGAGGUUGAGCCCGUCCUCGAGCGAGUAUGAAGAGAUCGAGAAGGUGUUGAACAUAGCUCUCGCUUGCACUUGUGCGCUGCCGAUGAACCGACCAAACAUGAGGCGCGUGGUUGAGUUGCUCAAGGACAAAAAGUUGGUCCGUUCCAAAUGAUAUGAAGCAUAGCAUUUUUUGGCACUCAGCUUUGUGGGUCGACGUGUAUAAUUGCAUGCUGGGAUUUUGUGUUUAAGUCCAACUUUUGGGUACAUCCUUAACUGGUAGUUUCGAACAAGAGAAAGGUCUGUGAGAUAGAUCUUGUGCUG